AUGUCCAUAGCGAACGGCAUAGAAAUUGACCCAUGGAGUGUAUUCGCCGAACGUUUGGAUGUGCCGAGUGGUUCAACUGAGCUCACAAUCAAUGCAUCGAACACCUCAUUGAAGCAAAGUGAUGCCGUGGAAUGUGAUAUUAUUCGAAGAGACUCUUUGAAAACCUUGCCAGAGUUAUGGCUCAGCAAAAGACCUCUAAACGAUAAUCACUGGCGAUGGCUUUGUGACGUCGGUGAUAUGUUGGAGACGGAAUACGAAGUCGAUUUCGGUGAAAAUUGGCUUGAUUCAGUCACUGUUCAUUUGAGGUCAAAAUGUUCUCUUGAAUUCUUCCGUCAUAUUCUAAAAAUUUCCGAAGUUUGCUAG